AUGUGCACUAAAGUAGCAGUUGUGACAGGAGCUAACAAAGGCAUCGGUUUUGGGAUAGUUCGAGGACUUUGUAGGCGUUUUGACGGCGUUGUGUAUCUUACCUCCAGGAACGAAAAACUGGGAAAGAACGCAGUAGAUGAUCUUAAAAGAGAAGGCUUUCAUCCAAAAUAUCACCAAUUAGAUAUCACUGUACCUAGAAGUGUUAAAGCAUUUCGGGACUAUCUUAAAGAAAAAUAUUUUGGUAUAGACAUUUUAGUCAACAACGCUGGAAUUACUAUGAGUUAUUCACCUGUACCGAUGUCUGUGAAGGCUGAAAAAACUAUAUUUGUUAAUUAUUUCUCGUUUCUAUCGACCUGCAAUAUUCUUUUUCCAUUACUUCGUCACGGAGCCAGGGUUAUCAACCUAUCUAGUUCGUGGGGACAUUUAAGUCGUAUACCAAAUAAGAAAUUGGCUGAGCGCUUUCAAGAUCCGAAUUUGACUGUAUCCGAUUUAUCAGAACUAAUGUCUCAAUAUGUAAUCGCAGUGAAACAUGGAAAUUACUCUGACUGGGGUAAUUCAGCGUACGUGGUAUCAAAAGUUGGGGUAACAGCGUUGACAAGAAUACAUCAAAGAAUGUUAAACGAUAGAGAUAUUAACGUGAAUGCUGUGAAUCCAGGGUGUGUUAAAACGGAUAUGACUUCUCAUGAAGGGUUCAUGUCUAUAGAUGAAGGAGCUGAGGCCCCGCUUUUCUUAGCCUUGGAUGCACCAGAUAAUAUAAAAGGAGAGUAUGUUUGGUAUGAUAAGAGAGUAGUCGACUGGAGCGGAGACAUACCACAAUGA